GAGUUCUGUGUUUUUUAUCUUAUGCUCCGCGCGAACGAUCUGAAAGCAGAGCCCCAAUUCUCAGCAGCAGCGGUCGGCGACAAGCAUGGCGACGAUCAGCCUCCGCAAGGGUAACACUCGGCUGCCGCCGGAGGUGAACCGCGUUCUCUAUGUUCGAAACCUACCGUUCAAUAUCACCAGCGAGGAGAUGUACGAUAUCUUUGGCAAGUACGGGGCGAUUCGGCAGAUUCGCAUCGGCACCAACAAGGACACACGUGGCACCGCCUUCGUCGUCUACGAGGACAUAUACGACGCCAAAACCGCCGUCGAUCACCUCUCCGGCUUCAACGUCGCCAAUCGUUACUUGAUUGUGCUUUAUUACCAGCAGGCGAAGAUGGGCAAGAAGUUCGAUCAGAAGAAGAAGGAGGAAGAGAUUGCUAGGAUGCAAGAGAAGUAUGGGGUCUCCACCAAAGAUAAGUAGGCUAAUAUAAUGAAUCCCAUAUAAGAAUUUCUAGGGUUUCUGUUGUGUAUCUGUAGUUUGGGGAUUUGUGAAUUUUCAGCCGGAGGGAGUUCUAAUUGUUUUAUUGGAGGGUGUAUCAUGCGUCCUAUGAUAUGCCCAUUGCGGCGAUUAAUGUAACAAUGCUUUUACUUUUAUUUUGCAGUGUUUAGAUGGUA